AUGGAGGUCAAAGGACAUCUGAUCACAUCCAUGGGUUUGGGGGCUCCUGAUGUUCAAGGCUGCCAGGACAGCAAGCUGCAGGCCGAGAGGAUUGCAGCUCUGCAGGAGAGGAAGCAGGCCCUGGAGGCUCUCCUCAACACCAGAGUGGGAGAGCUCAAACAAGUCUGUUUGCAGGAAGCAGAGCUGACUGGGAAGUUGCCACGUGCUUUCCCCCUGGAGACGGGAGAGAAACCCCCACUGGUGCAGCGCAGAGCUGGCCUGGCGCCCAACACCAAGGCAGAGGAUGAGGCUGCCCAAAGAAAGCAAAUGAAAGCCAUCUUUACCGGGGCUCUGUACAGACACUCAGAGUCAGACAGAAAUGUUCCAAAUAGCAAGAGGACGGUUCAUCGGGGGUGUCACACAGAGGACACGGUCAUGUCAGAGAGUACAAGCUCCAUGUCUGAUUCAACAUCCCAUGACAAUGAGUCUUCUCCCAGCGUGGCCGCUGAGCAGCGCUCUCUGUCUCAGCCCCGGCUCACUGUGGGCAGCCCUGACCACAGGAUCAGCAGGAAGCUUUCUCCAGUCGAGAUUUACUACGAGAUGAGGACACGCCGCAACUCUGUCACCAGCUCUGUUAGCCCCACUCACUCUUUACCAAGAAGUGCAUCUAACGUUGAAGGCAGAAGUGUUCCAGCCACUCCUCUCUUGGCCCGGACCGCUCCAAUCAGCGUUCACGUCAGGUCGGAUGCGUCAGGUGGUAAUGGGUUGAAGCAGUGGUCUGGCAGCCUGGAUGUGCCCUAUAUGAUUCCACUGGCCCAGGAGGGCUCGUCUUCUGACCGGCGAAGCUGCCCUUACAGCUCCCGGGCCAGGCGCAGUAACAGCUCAGAGGCCCUGCUGGAUAGAUCGAGCCUUCCUGACGACUCUGCCCCCAGAAACGGGAUGCCCCCCAGAGGAGGGCCCUACAAGAGCUCAGAGACACUGACUGAUGGCAAGCUGCGGCACAUUCAUCUGGGCAGCCCUGAGAGACAUGUCGACAGCUCUGUGGAACAGGCCAAAAUGCGCCUGUCCAUGGGUGGCAGAGGGGCUGGUGGUGGCUACAAUGAGCUGUUGAUGGACUAUAUCUGGGGGAAACAGCAGAGGAUGCAAGUGCAGCACCACCUGUACCAGUCCACAGGCAGGAUCUGGCAGGACAUGUCCUCUCCUCGCUCCUCCACUGCGGCGGUGCCUCCCCACUCCAAUGGCUUCUCUCAUUCCCAGGUGCACCUCCCCAGCGCUGCACCUCCUUAUAGCCCCAUGGUCCUCCGCGGGUCCCAAGCUGAGCUGCGCAGGGUCAAAGUCACCAGAACCAAAUCUUGUGGACCUUUUAUUCCUUUGCAGCAACAUCCCCAGGAUGCCAUCCUGCUGUCAGCGUAUGAGACUCCCCUUCCUGCCUCUGGCACCACCACAUCCUCCAUCCCCAACCUGCACCCCUACCAGACCGAGCUAUCUGGCCCUUCCUUCAACCGCAGACCCCCACAGUUCUCCCUGCCGACCCCAGAAGACUCAACGCGAAGCUUGCAUAAAGCCCUGGCUCUGGAGGGACUGAGGGACUGGUACCUAAGGAACGCGCUCGGCUAUCCUCCUGCUGCCUCAAAGGGCCACGAGGCAGGGAUCUCUCGUCUCUCACACCCCCAUCCGCUGGUGCACCAGGCCCAGUCUGUUCAAGGCGAACCAACCAACCUCCACAGGUCUCAGAUACCCCAGUCAGCCAGCUUCCAUGGUCACCCGCUGCAUGGAAGGUCGAUGGAGUUCUCUCUCUAUCAGGAGACUCCUCACCCACAGAUGCAAGAAGUGACCCCAAAGGAACCCAGUGCAGACCCAGGCACCCUAGUCUGA